AUGUCGAAUCCCUCCCCACCUCGUGUCCAUCCCCUCUCUCAGCUCUCUGCCAACGAAAUCAGACGGUCCAGCGUAUUGGUUCGAGCCUUACACCCUCCUGAGUUCGGAUUGGACUUCAAGUCUAUCACCUUAAACGAACCCAACAAGAAACUCGUACUGGAGUUCCUCGAUGCGGAGCAUUCAAGGAGGCCAACUCCACCUGUCAUCGAUCGGGAGAGUAUUGUAUCCUACUAUGUCAAAGGGAACGAACAACCCUAUGAAGCGCUACUCAAUGUCACGAAAGAUACGGUGGUUUACAAUCGCCAGCUGGGACCGAAUGUCCAUGGACGGCCCGAUGAGCUGGAAAUCGAGGCCGUCAAGAAGUUGGUGCUUGAAGAUUCGAACGUCAAUGAAGAGAUCCGGAAUCUUGGGAUCGACGACAUGUCACUGGUAGUCUGUGCUGUAUGGAUAUAUGGUACGGAUGCGACUAAUAAUUACAGAAGGAUGUUUCAGUGCUAUCUCUAUCUUAGAGACCCAGGGAAUCCGUCCGAACUCGAUUCCAACUACUAUGCGUUCCCUCUGCCUAUAUCUCCUGUUGUGGAAGCUGUCGGCCAACGAAUCAUAAGAAUUGAUCGACUUCCCACCGGAGCCGAUCGUACUCUGAAACCCGGAGAACAAUACAAGCCGCCUCCACCGAAUGAGUACAUGCCCCAGUACCAAACUCUCCGAAAGGACCUGAAACCACUCAUCGUCAUUCAACCCGAUGGAGCUAGCUUUGAGAUCGGUGAAGAGUCGGGCUCCCAAACACUAAAGUGGCAGAAGUGGUACUUCAGAAUCAACUUCAACGGAAGAGAGGGAAUGAUGUUGUACGAUGUCCGGUAUGAUGGCCGACCGCUGUUUUAUCGCAUUUCCUUGUCUGAGCUAAACGUCUCUUACGCCGACCCGCGAAAUCCAUUUCAUAGGAAAUGUGCCUUUGACCUUGGAGAUCACGGGGCAGGAUAUUCGGCCAACAAUUUGAAGCUCGGGUGCGAUUGUCUGGGCGCUAUCUACUACCUUUCGGCAUAUCUUUCCACUGGGGAUGGGGAUGUCAUGCUGAAAGAGAACUGCAUCUGCAUCCAUGAACAGGACAAUGGUAUCGGUUGGAAACAUACGAAUCCUCGGACGGGAAACGCUGGAAUUACCCGAAAUCGCGAACUGGUUCUUCAAUCAAUCAUAACCCUUAACAAUUAUGACUACGUGUUCGCUUUCGUCUUCAACCAAGCAGGAGAGAUUAGCUACGAGGUCCGGGCGACGGGAAUUCUUUCAACGCAGCCGAUUGACAAAGAUAUAUCAGUCCCCUGGGGCACUUUUAUGCAUCCCGGAGUAUUGGCCUCUCACCAUCAGCACUUUUUCUCCCUUCGAUUGGACCCUAUGAUCGACGGUAUUCAGAACCGUGUAGUAUAUGAGGAGGCCCUUGGGAUACCACGAUCCGACUUCAACCUGCACGGAACCGGGUACUACACCGAGGAAACUGCCAUUUACAAGUCCGGGGGGUUCGACUUGGACAGCUCCAAGGGCCGAGUAUUCAAAAUUCAGAACUCCCAGGUGCUCAACCCGGUCAACAAGGAACCUGUUGGCUACAAGGUCGUGGUGCCGGAUUUCCAAAAGAUCAUUGCCGACCCCGGCUCAUACAACUACAAACGCACCCCGUUUGCCGACCACAACAUCUAUGUGACCAAAUACAAGAAGAACGAGCUCUAUGCUGCUGGACGGUACACUAACCAGUCAAGAGGAGGGGAUGGACUUAGGACAUGGGCAAAUCGAAAAGACAAAGUCGUCAAUGAAGACAUUGUGAUCUGGAUCCAAUUCGCAAUCAACCACAUACCCCGAGUUGAAGAUUUCCCAGUCAUGCCUUGCGAUACGCUGAGGGUUUGCCUGAAGCCAGUCAACUUCUUCGACAAAAAUCCGGCGUUGGACGUCCCGCCGCCGACGCAAGAACGGAACGGAAGCUGCACGCUGUCAUAG